AUGGCCGACGCCGGCUGUACACUGAUCGACCCCGCCGUGCCUCUACGCCUUCCGUCGGAAUGUUCUCCGGGUUUGAUUGGAGGGUUGGAGUCAAAAGAUUGGUUGAAGGUGUGUGAAUCACUCAAUGAUGUUAGGCGAUUCGCGCUUUAUCACUCUGCUCUUCUGCAGCCAAUUCUGGAAAAAGUAGUGCUAGUGAUGGUGAAAGCAAUCAAGAAUCCAAGAAGUGCACUGUGCAAGACUUCAAUCAUGGCUGCUGCUGAUAUUUUCAAUGCCUUUGGUGAAACCCUACUUGAAUCUGCUCCCGAUGCUUUUAGCCAAUUGUUGUUGCAGCUACUACUAAAAGCGUCACAAGACAAGAAAUUUGUGUGUGAAGAAGCAGACAAGGCACUAUUGGCUAUGGCAAAGUCCAUGGCUCCUCUCUCUCUCCUCCAUAAGCUCGGUGCAUACGUCGGGCACAUGAACCUCAGAGUCAGGGCGAAGGCCGCGAUUUCUAUCUCCAACUGCGUCUCAAACAUGGAUCUGAAAAGCAUGGAGGGGUUUGGCUUAGCGGCAUUGAUUCAGAUCGCAUCGAAGCUGUUGAAUGACAAGCUCCCUGAGGCAAGAGAAGCAGCUAGAGGAAUUGUGGUCUCACUGUAUGGAGCAAUGACAGAAGGUGAAGAAGAGAAGCAGGAGUUUUGGCAAAGCUUUUGCCACUCUAAUCUGCCUGCUAUUCAUGCACAAGCUAUGGUCAAACUUGUUUCUUCUUAGUAUAGUGAUUAUGAAUUAUGAUCAAGUAGAUUUCAGGUCUUUAGUUUCAUGAGUUUUCUUUUAGCUGUGACAGGAUAAGAUUUGCUUCAUGUAAAGAUCAUUUUUACAUGAAUGUUAGGUUGUUAUAUAAUUUUUAUAUAAUGCUAUUAUUUGAUUCCAA